AUGGCGGAGAACAACUCAGGAGCAGCAUCUAACACAGGAGGAUCGCAGCAACAACCGCGAGAUAUUUCGGAGGCCGUAAUGCGUAUUCUCUCCAAUCAGCAGAUGCUUAUGCAACAGUUAUCACGGCAACUGGUUGAAACCCAUGUCGCCGUGCAGAAUCUGUCCCGGUAUGAAUCGGUACUGGAUUCACUAUCGAGCAAUAUGGUGGAAUUCGUCUACGAUAAAGACAAUGGACACACUUUCGAUGCGUGGUUUUCCCGCUAUGUGGAUUUGUUCGAUAAAGAUGCCGCUAAAACAAUCAAGGAAGAUGGCGACGACUAUCUCGCAUAUUCGUGUAAAGUCAAUAAAGCAUGCGUAGAUUUCAAGCUGUCAGAGCUGACUGAGGAACAGUUUAAAUGCCUCAUCUAUAUAUGUGGAUUAAAAUCUAAAAACGAUACUGAAAUCCGGAUGCGGCUAAUCAACAAAUUGAACGAUGCAGCAGAUUUAACACUUCAACAAGUGGUUGAACAGUGCAACAGUUUAGUUAACCUGAAACAGGACACUGUACUAGUUGAAAAUCCGUCAUCCGUAGUGAAUGCAGUCACGCACACCAAACGAUUCAAGCCGAGAGGUGUUACACAAUCUUCAGCCAACGCAGGCGGCAGUCGGGAGCAACCAAGAACACCCUGCUGGGCAUGCGGAGGCAUGCAUUACAACAAAGACUGCAGAUUUCGGGAUUACAAAUGCCAUAAGUGUGGAAAGCACUGA